CGAGCAAGAGAGAGCCUGGGUGACGGCAGUGCAUCGAGGGAAGAAGAAAGGAAAGGAGAGAGGGGGACGGAAGAGGGAGCCGGGGGAGAGAGGUCCACAGAGAGGAGCGACCGGCCGGCAGCGAGGGGAGCGCCAGUCUGAAGGGGCCCCAGAGAGUCUUAAUGGAGCAUGGGCCAGGUGCUGGGAUUCUCCCACUGCAAGGAAUUUGGUUCUGUCUCUUCGACACCUGACUCCACACCUCCCUGCACCGAUGGUGGCAAUGAAGAGUCAGACUUCCCAGAGUUGCAGACAGCGCGGGAGUGGUCUGAUGACGACGACGGUAUCGAUGAUGAAGAAGGCGGAGCCAGCAGCCCAUCGGUGUGGGGAACGCCCCGACAGAACUCUUUCGAACUCACUUUCUCAUACAUAGCCUUCUCAGAGCCGGACUUGGGCGGGGCUUCUCGAUGGGACUCGGUGGGGGGGGGUCGGCGCAGGGCGUGGGGUCGGGGAGGCCGGACAGCCCUGGCACGUGCAGAUACCUCAGAGACACUUCCCCCUCUCGACUCGCCUCAAGAGGAAUGGAUGUCUGACUCUUUUCUACCUGAGGAAAUGGAGAUGGAGGAUGAGGCAGAGAUGGAGGAUGAGGCAGAGAGGACACCUGGGGAGGAGUCUGGCCCGUCCUCAAGCCUCCAACUGACACUGCAGCCUCCAUUCUCACCUCCGCCUCCGAAGGACCUUAAGGACGAGGAGACUGCAGUAGAGGGCAGUGAGUGGGGACAGUCCUCACGAUCCCAGCAGCUUGACUUUUCAGACAGCCACCAAGUUUUAUGUGCUGGAGAAAGCUCUCCUGUUGCCAUGGAAACCAUAGACACACUCCUCGUAGCUGAGCAACCAGGAGGUGGGAUCACUGACGUGACAUCAUCUACUUCAUCUUCUUCUAUUGGCCAAAGCACUCAGGAAGAGCCGGGGAGUGAGCACUUGUACUCAGAGUUAAGCCUAUCAGAGGACAUAACACAGUGGAUGCAGACAGAAGUCCUGGACCUGAUCUACUGGAAGGACAUGGAGCGCACAGGCCUGCUCUUCACCGGGCUGGUGGUGGGUCUGCUCUCCCUCUUCCAGCUCAGCAUCAUCACCGUGGUGUCCACCCUGUGCCUGGUCACCAUGUGCUUCACCAUCUCCGUCCGCAUCUACUACCACGUGCUGCACGCGCUGCAGUGGGGGGAUGGUGUGCACCCCUUCCAGUGGUAUCUCGACUAUGACAUCAGCCUGACUGGGGAAAAGGCAGAUCAUUACAUGCGGCGCACCAUCGUCCUGUCGUUCUCCACGUUCGCGGAGAUGAAGAGUCUCCUCCUCGUCGCCAACCUGGUCAACUCUUUGAAGUUCCUGGUGCUGGCAUAUCUGCUGACGUACGUGGGAGCCAUCGUCAAUGGACUAACCAUCAUGAUCAUCGGUGUCAUCGCUGUGUUCUCAAUCCCGCUGUUCUACAGACAACGCAAGGCACAGAUUGACAAUUUUCUGGCAGCGGUCAAGGGGCAUAUAUAUAAUGUCAAAGAUAUUUUUCACAGGUUGUGUCAAGGUGGGAGUCCCGGGUUGGACCAUGACCCCACCCCCGGUGGAGCCAAGCCCAAAAUAAAAUAGGGGGCCGGGGUGAAGCCACA